AUGGCUAACACAUAUUUGGAUACUUUACCAGUUGAGUUAUUUUAUCAAAUAUUUUCUCAUCUUUCAGGUUGUCAUAUAUUACGAGCAUUUUAUUCAAUAAAUAAUUAUUUGAAUGAUAUUCUUAUUAGUUAUAAUGACUAUGUUUUUGAUUUAUUUUCAUCGGACAUUUCAAAAAGUGAAUUUGAUCUUAUUUGUUCAUUUUUACGAUCGGAACAAAUUGGUGGAUUGAAAUUUGGUAACAGUAAUUUUGAUUUGGUCAAUCGAUUUCUAUCGAGUUUUUCAAAUCAACAAUCAUUUAGUUGUCUUCAUUCACUUUGGAUUAAUGAUACAAUCAUAAUUGAUCAAUUAUUUAUGUCAAGAUUGGCAUUAAUAAUAAACUAUGAUGACCUAAUUUCACUUCGUUUCGAUCGUAUUCAUCUUAGUGAUCUCUAUACAUUAUCAAGUUACUCGUUUAACUCUCUUUCACAACUUGUUACAUCUUCAAGCAGCCAGUUUCGUCAAUUAUCUAAAGAGAUACCAACUCGUUUGACAUAUUUGCAUAUGUAUUUUGACUCUUUUAAUGAUAUAUAUCGAUUUAUUCUUCCCAAUAUGCAUCAAUUGAAAUCCCUCGGCGUUGAUAUUCAGUGCAGUUUAAAUGAUAUCAAUCAAUUUAUGUUGCUUUUCAGAAAUUAUCAAUGGACUCAAUUAAUUCAAUUCAAUCUCAACUUCAAUGGUAAAUAA